AUGAAGUUCCGCGCCCUCAUCCCCAGACAUCUCAACCCGUCCUGCGCAUCCCACUCGCUGCCCACCCACACCCACAUCCCCACGCCCGCAGACCCGCCCAGAACCGACUCCGUCCUCACCCCACCCCAACCCCCCCAAGACCCAGAAGCCCUCGACACCUGCGCGCCCCUCCCCCGCCCCCGCAUCUGGCCACACCUCCUCGCAACGCACCUCGUGAUCGCGACCUCCUUCGGCCUGAUCCAAGCCACCAGCACCCUGACCCCGAGCUACCCAGCCCGCCUGCACGCCUCCAGUACAGCGGUGUCGUGGAUCGCCAGCACGCCUGUGUUCCUCGCGUACGCGCUCGCCCCGGCAACGCCUUACAUUCUGCACUACAUAUGCCUUAACCAUCUGCUUCUCGUUGGUGCGGCGUGCCAGGUCGUCGGCCUCGUGGUCGCGGGGUGCACGCAUUCGUACGGGGUGACGCUGGUGUUUCAGGGCGUGCUGGUGGGCGUAGGGCACGGGGUGACGUUUGCGCCUGCGGUGGCGCGGCUGGCGAUGCUGGUAGGGGGUGUGAAGUGGAAGACGACGGUGCUGAGUUUGGCGGGGUGCGGGGCUGGGACGGGGGGGAUGGUGUUUGCGAGUCUUGCGCGGGGAGCGAUGGAGAGGCUGGGGGUGGCGAGGGUGUUGUGGGUUGCGGGUGGGGUAGUGGGUGUUAAUGCGGUGGUUGUCCAGGUGUUACUUCGCUGGGCUGGAGUUGAUGAGGAAAAGCUGGGUGAGGAUGUUGCUCAUGAAGAUGAAGUCUUGACCAGGAGCUGGGCUGUAUGGCAGCUGCUCAAGAACCGGACUCUGGUUCUUUAUACUAUCGCCAUUUUUUUCACCUUUGUCGGCCUCUGGAUACCUUAUUUUGAUGUCCGGACUUUUGCCGUUGAUGCCCUGGACAUGGACUCUUUCGACUGCUUCGCGGUGCUGAUGAUACUCAACACGUCAGGCAUCCCCGGCCGUAUCGUCCCAGCUCUGUUGGCUGACAGUGUACUCGGUACAAUCAACACCUACAUCUUAGUGUUGCUAUCAACAAGUACUGUGUUACUAUGUUGGCCACUGGUCAAAAGCGGAGCAGGCAUGUUUGUUUGGGCUGGAUCCUACGGGUUUUUCUCUGGUGGAACUGCAACGCUGGUUCAAGCUGGAGUCCUGAGCCUCUGCGACGAUAAGAGGAGGAUUGGGUUGCAUAUCGGCAUUGUAUUUGGAGCCGCUGGAGCUGCCAGUUUGGUAAUUACCCCUGUGGGCGGGGAGCUUAUCAAGUCCGGAGCUCAACUGCUCGAAUCGGGUAUGGAGCCGUUCCUGCUUCUGCAACUAUGUACUGGAGGCGCUAUGCUUCUAGGCUGUGCUGCAUUGAUUGCUGCACGAGCUGCGAGGAUCGGGUGGGCAGCGGCUGUGAGGAUUUGAGACUGCGGAGACAAAGAUAUCAGGGAUCGUUAGCGGGU